AUGCCUCCAAAAGCAGCCCCUCGACCAAGGGAGUUCGUUCAUCCCGAAGCUGGACAUGCUCGAAAGAAGCCCCCCAGCGCUUUCGCUAUCGAGCCCAUCUCGGCAUUCUACUGCUUCCUGAUCGCCAACAUCAUCUCCGCCCUCUUUGCCCCGAUACAAGACUGCGAUGAAACAUUCAACUACUAUGAACCGACCCAUUACCUGUCCCACGGCUAUGGCCUGCAGACGUGGGAGUACUCCCCCACCUACGCGAUUCGCAGCUGGCUAUACGUCGGAGAGUUUUUCUUCAUCCGCUACGUACUCGCUUUCGGCUGCGCCUUGUGCCAGACCCUUCUCUUCCGUGUCAUUAGUCUCACCCUCAAUGCACGCAUCGGCCUGUUCUUCAUCCUGGCCACCGUCUUUAGCCCUGGAAACUUCCACGCAAGCACUGCCUAUCUGCCCUCCAGCUUUGCCAUGUACAUGGCUAUGCUGGGCGCUUCGUCCUUCAUGAACUGGCGGGGUGGUCUCAAGACCGCUCAAGGCAUCUUUUGGUUUGCUGUCGGUGCGGUGGUGGGCUGGCCCUUUGCCGCGGCACUCUGCGCGCCAUUCCUUGUUGAGGAGGCUCUCUUCGCUGCCUUGAGUGAUACGGACCGCUUGAUUGAAGCUAUCAUACGCGUGGUGAGGGGCGUCGUUGCGGGCCUCAUCGUUCUUUUCUUCGACGGCGUUAUCAAUACCUUCUUCUACAAGAAAAUCGAGGUCGCAGCUUGGAACAUUGUCAAGUACAACAUCUUCUCGGAGACCGGCGGCCCUGAACUGUACGGCACAGAACCUUGGACCUUUUACUUCCGCAACCUAACCCUGAACUUCAACAUCUGGUUCGCGCUUGCGCUUGUCUGCCUGCCUCUGUUCUUGCUGCAGAAGAUCGUUUCUCCCUCUGGCCAGGGAUUCCAGACCGGUCUUCGUGCAUUGGUCUUCAUCUCGCCUUUCUAUCUGUGGCUCGGCAUAUUCACUCUUCAGCCUCACAAGGAAGAGCGUUUCAUGUACCCUGCGUACCCCUUCCUUGCCUUGAACGCAGCCAUGUCAUUGCACAUUGUUCUUACUGCGCUCGGCAACUCUGAUCCAAAGACCCUCAUUGGCAAGAUCCCUGCCAAGCUCAAGCUGUCCUUGGUCACCAUCACCCUGCUUCUGUCAUUCGAUAUCAGUCUUUCCCGAGUGUACGGCAUUUGGUCUGCCUACUCUGCCCCGUUGAGUCUGUACAAGCCUCUCGGAGCUGGCGUCAGCGGUCAACAAGGCCUUGGUGUGCGUGGCGACAACGUCUGCUUUGGCAAGGAAUGGUAUCGCUUCCCGUCAUCCUACUUCCUGCCUCGCGAUAUGCACGCAAAGUUCGUUCGCUCAGAGUUCAGGGGCUUGCUCCCAGGUGAAUUCUCCGAGGCUCGCACUGGAUUCGGUUUCUGGAGCGGUACCUGGAUGCCGACGAAUGGCAUGAACGACAGAAACCAAGAGGAUAUGGGCAAAUACGUUGAUCAGAGAUUCUGUGGCUUCAUGGUGGACACACAAUAUCCUGAACGAACCGCUCCCCUGCCUCCGAACGAGCCCGACUACAUCGCCGAUCAAGAAAACUGGGAGAUUGUCAAGUGUAUCCCCUUCUUGGAUGCGGAGAAUACCCAUGUUUUGGCCAGAGCACUCUACGUGCCCAACCUUCCGUUCGUCCCAGAGCAAUUUAAGCGGAAAUGGGGCCGUCACUGCCUGCUUAAGCACAAGAAAUGA